AUGUUUCGCUGGUCCACGUUGGCUUUAUCAACGUGGCUGUGCUUGAUCCUGAGCCAGACUGUGAGGGGAGACUUGAACACUCAGGAAGGCUCAGGUGGCUUGAAAGUCGCACGAAAGGCGAACCAGACUGGCAACGACUCGCUCGCCACGAAAGCAGAGUUCCAUGAGCCUCUAUUGCUGCCCCCGAAUGUCUCAGGCCAGGAUGCCCCACACAGUGCGGAAGCCGGGGCAAGUCCGAGCAACGCGACUGCCUUCCGCCCGUCAUUCAAGUCCGCGGCAAGUUGGACUGGCGGGGUCGGCUGCUGGCACUACGGCUGCCGCGGCAGCUAUCACCCCGAGUUCCAAUGCCAGUGCAACAAGGACUGCGGGUCAGAUGGCCACUGCGGUGGAGCCAUCUACUUUGCCUUGUCCCCCCAGGCGACGAAGACAAAGGCCAUUGGGAACGACUCCAAGAGCGGCUGCAUGAUUGAGGCGAAGGUGGAUGUGGGACGCGUCAAGUACGAGGGUCCCCGUUGUGGCCACAAGUGGACGAAGCAAGAGUUCCUCCAGACCGGGUAUGAUUCGAUACGCUUCGACCCUGGCGAUGGAGACGAGCUGGUCAUUUACGACAGUUCGAGGGUGAAGAGCAUGAGGAUCAUUCCGUUCAACAACGCAUGGAGGCCGACGUACAAUGUUCGAUGA